CGGGCAGGUCUUACAUUGUAUUGUGCUAGCAAUCGUCUCUUGAAAGGCAACAGAGCGGUGUGGUCUUUAAGUCUGCGUUUAUUCCUUUAUUUUUAUGUUUGUACGUAUUUGUCUAUGGCGUGACAAACUAAAAUGUAUUCAUUAUUUGUGUCAGGAUGAACGUGACUCGACUCAGUGAACAUUGAAGCUUCUGAGGCUAAUCUAGCCUGCUAGUUAGCUUAGCUUGCUAGCGGCUAACAAAGAGAGUCAGAUGUCAUCAACACGUCGCUAAGCAGACACAAUUCCAUUAAUCACAAAUGUCUCAAGGGGCUGCACAAACCACAACGACAUCCUCGGCUCUGAUCCCACAUCAGGGCAAGGAAAAAAACGAAUUUACUGGGCGGUUUUCAAGAAGCAUCAAGUUGUUACACAGAACAGACGUCCGUAAAGAACAAUUUCUCCCUAAGCAGCAGGAGUGGACCACCAGGAUGGAGCAGGAGAAACCACAGCUCCUCCAUAUUAAAAAAGAAGAGGAGGAGCCACAUUCCCCCCACGUUAAAGAGGAAGAUGAAGAGCUACAUAUCCGCCUCUUUAAAGAAGACGAGGAGCUACACACCCCACACUUUAAAGAGGAAGAGGAGGAACACAGCAUCAGUCAGUAUGGAGAGCAUCAUGAAGGACUGGAGGAGGCCGAUGUCCCCAAUAUGCCGUUGAUUUGUGUCAUUCUGAAGAGUGAAGAUUAUGAUAUCAAAAGUGAAAGUGAGGAGAGGACAGAGGUGGAGCCUCCAAGCAGCAGCAGCUCAGCUCAACACAUAACAGAAGCUGAUGGAGACCACUGUGGAGGGUCACCAGCAGACAAGCUCUUAGCGCCACUAUCAGAUCCUGACACUGAUGAUGAAGACUCUGAAGCUGAUACAACAUGUCACACUGACAACGCACUCUUUGAAUGUUCUCACUGUGGCAAAACUUUUAAUCACAGUUGUAAUCUUAAAAGACACAUGAGAAUGCACGCAGGUGAAAAACCUUUUUCCUGUUCAAGCUGCGGUAAACAUUUUACACAAAAUCAUCAUUUGAAAACACACAUGAGAACACACACUGGUGAAAAACCUUUUUCUUGUUCAAUCUGUGCCAAACGUUUUACACAAAAUCAUAGUUUGAAAAGACACAUGCUAAUACAUGCGGGUGAAAAACCUUUUUCCUGUUCAAGCUGUGGUCAAUGUUUUACACAAAAUCAGGAUUUGAAAGGACACAUGAGAACACACACUGGUGAAAAACCUUUUUCCUGUUCAAUCUGUGCUAAAGUUUUUACACUAAAUCAUCAUCUGAAAGGACACAUGAGAAUACACACUGGUGAAAAACCUUUUUCCUGUUCAAUCUGUGGUAAAGGUUUUACACACAAUUGUAUUUUGAAAUCCCACAUGACAACACACACUGGUGAAAAACCAUUUAUCUGUUCAAUCUGUAGUAAAGGAUUUACACAAAGAACUCAUUUGAAAACACACAUGACAACGCAUACUGGUGUAAAGCCGCUUACCUGUUCAAUUUGUGCUAAAGGUUUUACACAAAAUAGGGAUUUGAAAGCACACAUGAGAGCCCACAACGGUGAAAAACCUUUUUCCUGUUCAAUCUGUUCUAAAGGUUUUACCCAAAAUACUCAUUUGAAAACACACAUGACAACACACACUGGUGAAAAACCGUUUAUCUGUUCAAUUUGUAGUAGAGGUUUUGUACGAAAUAGUGUUAUGAAAAAACACAUGGCCACACACACGGCAGAAAAACGUUUUAUGUGUUCAAUAUGUGGAAAAGGUUUUACACAAAGCAAGGAUUUGAAAGAACACAUGACAAUACACACUGGUGAAAAACCCUUGUCCUGUUCAAUCUAAAUGUUUUGUACGGAAAGACAAAUUAAAUGUACACAUGAGAACACACGCUGAUGGGGAAGUGCGAGUUGCAGUAUGAGUGAUGACAAAUUCUCUUAAAGGUACCAUGUGAGAAACACAAGUGAGAAAACAUCAACAGCAAAUGAAGCUGCAGGAUUGUAAAUAAACUGUCAAAACUUUGUUGACGUUGGCUUUUUAACAUCGCCACAUAACAAUAAUUUAUAAAAUCAAACUUAAAUUAUAUAUUUUAUUGUUCAGAAAAGCCCAGAUCUCACAUCCCCCAUCAAUCACAUACACACAAACAGAUGAAUUCAUGGAUGGAGUACAGAGGAGCCAGGUGAAAAAACACUAUCAUGAGCCGUCUGUGCCAGGAGGUCAUCAGACCACGGUCACUAGGACUGCUUAAUAACAUCACCACAUAUUGCAUGUGUGACAUCAAUAUUGUGAGUGUAACACAAUCUUGUAAAUAUGUGUCUCCCGUAUAUAGAUUAGAUACUUAAUAUUUGUGCUUUAUAAAUGUAUAAAUUGUAUGCAUUAAUAAACAACAUUGUGUACAUUUAUUUAAAGGGACAUUUUCUUUGAUUAAAAUGUCUACACUGACUGAAGCAUCAUC